CGUCGCUGUCGCACCCGCUCACCCACCUCCCACUUCCUGGCUGCGGCGCCCUCUGGCAUAUAUAAUUGCUGUCGCUCUCGACGAAGCUGUGUCUUUCUGUUGUACUCGCUCGCUAGACUCUCGCUUCCGUAGACCUCAGUCAUGUCUCAAUCCUGAGUUGCUCGCGUCCCCUGUGGGAUGCUCGAAUAGAUGCCUAUGGAGGCGUUCGGGCAAAGUCAUCCUGCUCACAAUGCCCUUCCCGCGACCUCCACCCAUGGUCCUUCCUCCAAAAGGCGCCUUCCUAAUGGAGCAUGCAAUUAUCGCGACGUAGCAGUCGGAACGUGUGGAUGUAAUCAAUUCUGGGACAAAUGUAGCGCAGAGCUUCAUGAGGGCAGCACCGAGAAGCGCUCGAGCCACGAGCGCUCCACCUGGUGUGUAUGCGGUCACCAUGCCUGCUUCCAUCUUCAAGACGCUCGCGCUGCGGCUGGAAGGCUGCAAUCGUCAAUGGCAGGCGCGUCUUAUCGCGUACAUGCUAGAUGUAACGGUCGCUGUCAAUUGCAGCCUGGGUCACAAUGCAAUCUCCACAGGGCAGCAAGACCAGUAGACGAGGACACCCCGUCGCUCGAGGGAAGUCAAGACUUGCAGAACGGACGCUUGAAGACGUCGCAGGCGGUCUCGAGCCAGAGUCUUCUGCAGCAAGCAGCUUCUCCCGCCAUCGCAUAUGGCCAGAAUGGGGAGGUGCUGGACCCUCCUUCCCAACCAAGCACUUCUGGCCUUCCCAGAGUCCCUUCUGUCUGCUUCUUGUCCCAUGACCGCCCAACAGCAGCUGCUGAUACUGAUACCAGGAAGGUGAGGACUGACAUGAGCCAGCCGAGACACAAUGCCAUGGGGCUUGGCUUGUCGUUGGUGAAUCUAGGCAAUACAGUAGACCAGUCUCGUCGCCAGCCUUCUGUAACAUCAACAGUGCCGGACGAAAUCGAUAGAGCACCACAUGGAUUCUACAGCGAGUCGGAAUUGCCAUCAACUCGAGCCAAUUCUGUCCCGGACGAAAAUGCGCAGGAGACAAGGCCAGCACCGAAUCCGAUGGAUCGUAUCCUAGACUUCAAUCGCAACCUGCACCUCGAUGUCGGCGGCGAUACGAUUCCGAACACGUGCAACCCCGAAGACUUCCUCCAAAGCGCCACUGAAGUCGCUACUCCCAGUAACUCCAACACGCCCGACUUGGGAGCAGUCGAUCACGCCGUCCAUGACACAAAGAAGAUCAUUGAGACACUCGCACGCUUCGCAGAACAAUAUAGCGGCUCGGGUGCGAGGUCCAAUGGCGCAGCGUUGGCUCCUGCCCCGCAGCGGCUGCUCACCGGCUCGCCUGCAACCCCUCAAGAGCAAUUGCAGCAUGCUUUGAAGUCUGCUUCGCCUCAAGCGCUUCAGAAACUGCUCUCCUAUCUCAACCCUCUCCACAACCUGCUAAACUCAAUACCGAAUGUCGCAAGUACCAUCCAAGAGAUCAUUACACGGUUGGACCUGUUGGAGAACAGCUCCUUCAACUUUGUUCAGCCGGAUGAUUUUCAACAGCAUGUUGAGAUGUAUGACGGUCGCCUUCUGGAGCUUGAGCAUCGCAUGGAUGAGCAUGACAGGCUCCAUCAGGCAAUCGAUGCUGAUCAGAGCAGCAACUCGCAUGGGAGACGGCGCAUUGCCACCACGACCGAUUCUUUUGGAUCAAAUCAUUCUGCUCAAUCCACCACGUCCUCCGCGCUAAUCGUUGCGGCAAUCGACCGCAAGGACAUGGAGACCGAGAUCGAAGGCCUUAAGGACCGCCUGGACACCCUCGAAGCUGCAUCACUCCCCACAGUCGUUAAUCCUUGGCAGGUUGAGGUUGUUCUUCUUCCUUGGGGUCGAGAGUUGCGCGGGAUCUGGUUCUCUCCAGACGAGCCAAUGCAUGACCCCUUGAGAGGUGUCACUCAAGAUACAGAGGAGUGGACUCAAAUACGGAGUUCGGUUUCAGCCCCUCAGAGCAUGCAUCAAGGAUCAUCACAACCUUCGCAAGUUUUUGAACAGAAUGCUACGUCGAGCCUGCAUUCCAGCACACAGCAUUCCCCCAAUGGUUCUAUUCUACUCAGUAAUACUGGUAGCGGUUGGAGCAAUCAGGCUAUUAGCGACUGGGCAGCCGGUCCUAUGGACGAGUGGCUGUCACCUAAGGCUUGCGGGAGCAAUAACUUAGUAUACAGGAGGUUGCAGAGUCGGGGUUUCAUCAGAUCUAUCAAUCUGAAGAGCGCCAACUCGAGUGACAUUCAAGCAGCUCUCUCUGAUGCUUUCGGCGACUUGCACGAGCACUUGGUGUAUACUGAUGCAGAUUACCAUCCCACUAUCAACUCAUAUCCUGGUCUUCGGGCUUCCUUCAUCCCCCUUCGGAAGACCGUGAAGUCGUCCAGGCUGCGCUUUCUGAGCCAUGCCGAGAUGUCCAGCUCGGCACUAUGGUCCGCCCAAUUUCUCAAUUCAGGGGUAAUGAUGCGAGUAUCAGGUGGCAAGAAGAGGCUCUAUAUCACGCAGCGAGAGGCGUAUUUACAACAGAACAACAACACAGGAGAUGCCUGGACGUGGCAGCAAUUGCGGUUACUUCCUCGCUUCCAGCCAGAUCCCGACUCAGAGAUGGAAGGGAACGAGGAGCAUUGCCAACCGCAAGUCGCUGAAGCGGAUGCUCGGGAAGCUUGCUGGGCUUUCUUCGAAGCUUACGACCCGCCACUCAGCACGACCUCCUCCUUCAGUAGCAGUCAUUCUGUUAACCUUUCAAUGCGUCCCGCUGGCCGAACUUGGCGGAGAUCCAUCACACCUAGCUCCAUCCUUAAGAAUAAGCAAUUCCAACCCAUCUCACCACUAAGUGAGAAUCACCCUCGCCGUCCAACACACGGUGGUAUACGCACUGUUUCUGCGCCCACGAUCGAGGAACGCCCGCACAGCUCGUCAAAACGUCGCUUCAACACAUCGCCAGUCAAACCUUCCUCCGUCCCUCAGCCAUCUUCCCGUUCUGCUUCUAUUUCAAGACCCAAACGUCGUCGUGUCGCUCGUUCCCCCUCUCCUCAAGCAGCUGUCAAUGUUCCUUCCAAAGCUUCAGACGUUCAGGAUCCUGUAUGGAACCCCACUCCUCGACGUUCACGUGAACCCCCUUCGCCCUUCUAUUCCUCACAUCCAGAACUACCCCGAACGAAUUCCGAUGUCACGAGUCGAAGCCAAAGAUCUCUCGCAGUGGUGGGGAAGAACACCCCCUUUGCUUACGCCACACCGCAUUCCGGACCCAUUGUGGGAGCGGGCUCUGGUUUCGGCGAGUUCGCGGACCAGGCUGGUGACACUGAGGUCGAUGAUAAUGACGCUGAAUACGAAGACGAUGGACAGAGCUGGGCUGGGGUUGAAGAUAAAGACGAUGAUGAAGAUGGCAGCAGCGAUUCUGACGCUGAGGGUGGAGCUGAGAUGGAAGAUCAAGCUAGCUUCUCUGGCGAGGAUGGCGGAUUUGGCAGCGAUGAUGAGGACAACGAUGAUGGUGAAGAUGGGGACGAUGACUUCGGAUUUGGGGCACAACAGCAAGAAGAAGAUGAAGAUGAGGAUGGCAAUGAGGUUUUUGAUAGCCUUUUAAGGGUUCUUCGGGAGUAAAUGGGGUGGGUUCUCCUAAAGUCCAAGUAUUGGUUCUAGGGUUUGGUCAGCGCUAAUGGAUGCACUGUUUUGGGCCUGGUACAAGAUCAUUAGGCACAAAUCCUCUUAGCAUUUAUGUUGGACCCGGUUCGUGGGUGGGUUCUUUCAACAUUACUGGCAGGCAGGUAGGAUAUCCAGGAUAUAUUGUUGGCUUAGGUUUAGGUUUGGAUCUCUGGUGGGUCUUAAGGUCAAUACCAUUCUGCGCAGCAGAGUUCAAGGUCAUGGAAGAUUGGAACUUCUGUUUUCGGCAUCCGGGAAUUAUUUUUUUGUAUGUACGAAUACUGUCUCAUAUUUUGGUUCCCGCUAUCACAUCACUCUUUUCGUUGUAUUAAAAUGAUAGAGCAAUCUCUCCUUUUAAGGAACGCGCUUCUGUUUGAGAGAUAGAUAGCACCGGGGGGUGGUAGAUGG